CGCCGCCGCGGGGCGGGACCGCCCCCCCCCCCGCGCCCGCCGCCGAGGAGCCCGGCCACGGGAGCAGGGAAAGCUCAGCACCUCCAGGACCCAGGCGCGCUGGGAGUCCCGUAGUCAGUGGUCGCAGCUUGUGUUUGAAGCUUCCGUUUGUGUGCCUUGCUCUUCCUCCUCUGAGAAGCUCUCCUGGAUGUGGUGAGCUAUCUUCCCUCCUGCUUCCUCACUGUGGUGGCUGGGCUAUUUCUCCCAUGACUCUCUGCGUCUAGACCUGGCUGUCCCGUGCCUUUGCCAAUCAAACCUGAACUUCCUCCUCUAACAGUGAAGAGAGGGGCUCCUGCCCUUCUGGGUCCCUUUUCUUCCCCUCACCUUGACACCAAGCCGCCUCCGCUUGUGCCUCCCUGUGCCCUCCGCCCCCGCCCUGCCCGUCCUGGGCACCCGUCACCCAUGGACGACUCAGAAGUGGAGUCGACCGCCAGCAUCCUUGCCUCUGUCAAGGAGCAGGAGGCACAGUUCGAGAAGCUGACCCGGGCGCUCGAGGAGGAACGGCGCCAUGUCUCAGCCCAACUGGAACGAGUCCGGGUCUCCCCACAGGACGCCGGCCCGGGCUUGGCCAACGGCACGCUCACCCGGCGGCACCAGAACGGCCGUUUCUUGGGCGAUGCUGACCUGGAAAGGCAGAAAUAUCCAGAUCUGAAGCUCAACGGGCCGCAGGACCACAGCCACCUCUUGUACAGCACAAUCCCCAGGAUGCAGGACCCGGGCCAGAUAGUGGAGGAGACGUACACCAUGGAGGAGGACCCAGAAGGAGCCAUGUCGGUUGUGUCUGUGGAGACAUCCGACGAUGGGACAACCCGGCGUACAGAGACCACGGUGAAGAAAGUGGUGAAGACUGUGACCACCCGGACAGUGCAGCAGGUGCCGGUGGGGCCUGAUGGGUUGCCUUUGGAAACCUCCCCCGUCACCAGCAACUACGUCCAGACCAUGGACAGGAACUUCCGCAAGAACGGCAACGGGGGCCCUGGCAGCUACCUGAGCCAGCCGGGCACAGCCACCCUCCCUCGUAACUACCACUACCCUGACGGCUACAGCCGCCCCUACGAGGACGGCUACCCGGGCAGCGACCACAGCUACGGCAGCCUGUCCCGUGUCACCCGCAUUGAUGAGCGUUACCGCCCCUCCAUGGACACCUACCGGGCCCCCAGCCGUCAGGACAUCUAUGGCCCCCAGCCUCAAGUGCGUGUCGGGGGCAGCAACAUGGACCUCAACCAUUUCCACCCUGAGCCGUACGGCCUGGAGGAUGACCAGCGCAGCGUGGGCUUUGAAGAUGUGGACUACGGGCUUAUGUCUGACUAUGGCACGGCCAGGCGGGCAGGGACCCCAUCUGAUCCUCGGCGGCGGCUCAGGAGUUAUGAAGACAUGCUGGUGGAUGAAGUGGCCCCCGACCGGUACUACUGGGCCCCUCUGGCUCAGCACGAGCGGGGUAGCUUGGCUAGUCUGGACAGCCUGCGGAAAGGAGGUCCGGCCCCGGGUAACUGGCGCCAGCCAGAGCUGCCGGAGGUAAUAGCCAUGCUCAGCUUCCGUCUGGACGCCGUCAAGUCCAACGCGGCCGCCUACCUGCAGCACCUCUGCUACCGUAACGACAAGGUGAAGACGGAGGUGCGCAAGCUGAAGGGCAUUCCUGUGCUGGUGGGAUUGCUAGACCACCCCAAGAAAGAGGUGCACUAUGGUGCCUGUGGAGCCCUCAAGAACAUCUCUUUCGGCAAGGACCAAGACAAUAAGAUUGCCAUCAAGAACUGCGAUGGGGUACCUGCUCUGGUGCGCCUGUUGCGGAAGGCCCACGACAUGGACCUCACAGAGGUCAUCACAGGAACACUGUGGAACCUGUCCUCGCACGACUCCAUCAAGAUGGCCAUUGUGGAUCAUGCACUACAUGCUCUGACUGAUGAGGUUGUCAUUCCCCGCUCAGGCUGGGAGCGGGAACCCAAUGAGGACUCGAAACCCCGCCAUAUCGAGUGGGAGUCGGUGCUCACCAACACCGCUGGCUGCCUUAGGAACGUGAGCUCAGAGCGGAGCGAGGCCCGUCGGAAGCUGCGGGAAUGUGACGGGCUGGUGGAUGCCCUGAUCUACAUCGUCCAGUCUGAGAUCGGCCAGAAGGACUCGGACAGCAAGCUGGUGGAGAACUGUGUGUGCCUGCUGAGAAACUUGUCCUACCAAGUCCACCGUGAGAUCCCCCAUGCCGAGCGCUACCAGGAGACACCUCUGGCCCCUGCCAGCAACGCUGGGCCCCAUGCUGCAAGCUGCUUUGGUGCCAAGAAGGGCAAAGACGAGUGGUUCUCCAAAGGUAAAAAGCUGCCAGAAGACCCUGGUGCCGAUACAGUGGAUUUUCCCAAAAGAACAGCUCCAGCCAAAGGCUACGAGCUCCUCUUCCAGCCAGAAGUGGUCCGGAUAUACAUCUCCCUUCUAAAGGAAAGCAAGACUCCAGCCAUCCUAGAGGCUUCGGCAGGAGCCAUUCAGAACCUGUGUGCUGGCAGUUGGACGUACGGCCGGUGCAUCCGCUCGGCGCUGCGCCAGGAGAAGGGACUCUCUGCCAUCGCUGACCUCCUGACACAUGACAGCGAGCGAGUGGUGAAAGCAGCGUCCGGAGCCCUGCGCAACCUGGCCGUCGACCUGCGUAACAAAGAGCUGAUAGGUAAACAUGCCAUCCCCAACCUCGUGAAGAACCUGCCUGGAGGCCAGCAGACUCCAGCCAAAAACCUCUCUGAGGACACAGUGGUGUCAAUCCUCAACACCAUCAAUGAAGUAAUUGUAGACAACCUUGAGGCUGCCAAGAAGCUGCGGGAAACGCAGGGGAUUGAGAAGUUGGUGCUGAUCAACAAAUCUGGGAACCGCUCAGAGAGAGAAGUCCGAGCAGCUGCCCUCGUCUUGCAGACAGUCUGGGGAUAUAAAGAGCUGCGGAAGCCCCUUGAGAAGGAAGGCUGGAAGAAGUCAGAUUUCCAGGUGAACCUGAGCAAUGCCUCUCGGACCCAGGGAGGCAACUCGUUUGAUGACAGCACCUUGCCUCUCAUCGACAGGAACCAAAAACCAGACAAGAAAUCCUCCCGGGAGGAGAUCCAGAUGAGCAACAUCGGAUCAGACAACUAUUCCACACUCAAUGAGAGGGACCACAGCAGGACACUGGACCGAUCUGGUGACCUCGGAGAUAUGGAGCCGGUGAAGGCAGCGCCAUUGAUGGAGGAGGGGAGAACUGGGCUCCCACAACUAACACCCCCACACACUCCAUCGCCCCUACUAACCCCCGUGCGUCUGCAGCAGGAGGAGGGGCAGGAAUCACAGCCUGAGGUAGAGGAAGCGGAGGAGGAUGCUGCUGUGUUUUCCCCCGUGUCGCAGAAGAUCUAGCUGACGUCCCCACCUCCACUCAGUUUGGGUUGAUAAUAUAUUAUAUAUAUAAAUAUAUAUAUAUAACUCUUCGUGGUGGAAUGGACCGACUUUUACCUUGUCUUAUUUUUGGAUUUUUUGCUGGACUGUUUGUGCCAACUAGCCAGCCAAAUGACUGGGCCUGGUCCCCCAGGGGCAGCCUGGGCCACUCUGCCUCCUCUAGACCGCUGCACCUCCCUGUUCUGGGACACCUCGACCAAUAACUCUUCCUCCCCGUCCUCCACCACCUCCUUCCUCCAGAGAGUAAAACCCUCCUGCCUGACUCUGCCGGAUCAACCGGCGUGGAUGCUGCAAAAGGACUCCAGAUCUCUGCCUUGACCAGGAACUGCCUUCUCUCCCACGCCUUCCUUUUGCUCGGAGACGUCUGCAGGGACAGAGACUGGGACCUCACUCGCCGCCUUUUUUUUGUGGGGGUUUUUUUGGUUUGUUUUUUUUGUUUGUUUUGUUGCCUAUAGGAUAUAUUUUUGUGCGGGAUCACUCUUCAGCCAGGGCUGUGGGGACAACAGGAGCAUCCCUCCCUGGUGGCAGUGGGACCAGGGUGAGGGGGGCUGGAGUCAUGGCGGGGUGAGGGGAAGGAAAAACAGCAAUAACUUCUCUUGCUUUGCUCUAGAUGAG